GGCGGCGGACUUAUUGAUUCGUUUUGCUGUGUAGAGAUCGUUGCGUCAAGUGAAGAAGAAGAGUUGGUUUGCUGUCUCGACUUAGUUGUGUUGGUUGAAGUGCAGAGUUGUUUUGACAGCUAUGGGUGUGAUGGAGCAAUCUUGCCCGCAUUAUCGCCCUGCGCAUCAGCGCGUUUGGCGUUUCACUUGGGCCGCGCUCUCGUUGCUGUUCAUCUUGUGGUUCUUUAUUGUAUUGGGCGUCAAUCACUGCACCAAGCAGACGAAUCCCAAAGUCGACUGUGCGGUUCCCGGUUUGGGAGUUUUCUCCUUCCAGCCUCUGAGGGAGAAUCCACUUCUCGGACCUGCCAGAAGGACACUUGUUCGAUUUGGUGCCCUUGAUCCGAGGAAGAACUCUGUGCUAAAGGAGCAGUGGAGAAUUGUAACUUGUAUUCCACUUCAUGCCGGCCUAUUCCACAUCUUGGUGAACUUGCUGACUCUUAUUUUUGUGGGAGCUCAUCUGGAAAGAGAGUAUGGGACAUUGACAGUCGUUGCCAUUUGGCUGGCUUCGGCGAUAGGAGGGGGCCUUUGGUCGGCGAUACUUCUCGUACCGGAAAACAUCUCGGUCGGGGCAUCUUUCCCGACAAUGGGCCUUGUUGGUUGCACGCUUGUGGAUAUGCUUCUGUAUGGAGAUCUGUACGUCAACAAGCUUGUUGCUGCUUAUAGUCUGUUCGUUGUGUCGGGAUUACACAUUGUGAUUGGCUUGAUGCCAAACGUUGACAAUUGGGGUCACGUUGGAGGCUUCAUCUCUGGCUUCUUUGUGAGUCUGCUGGUUCUGACACGUGUGGAGCCUAGAUGUAUGACGGAAGUGGAAGGCGGUGUGGCGGUCAAGAAAAGGAUUGAUCUUGGCUUCAAAAGGAGGAUAGAGAUUUACCGGCGACCACUCCGAAUUGGGGGAACAAUGGUGGUUGCACUUGGGUACAUUCUCGCUAUGCUUGCAAUUGCAUCUGGAGGUGACCGUCAGAAGAACUGCAAUUGGUGCCAGAACUUGAACUGCGUGGAAACAAGGUUUUGGGAUUGCCCCCCUGUGCGCCACUGGAGGCUCCCGAAGAAAGUUGUCUGCAAGGUAAGAUUUCGAUCUCCUCCAGGGCUGUCUCUUAUACACAUCUAGGUUUUGGGAUUGCCCCCCUGUGCGCCACUGGAGGCUCCCGAAGAAAGUUGUCUGCAAGAUCAAGAAGAGGACCGACAACACUGGCUGGCUUUUCUGUGCUGAUGAACCUAACAAGACUGUUGAUUUAGGAUCGCUUGAUAGAUGGAAACGACCAGAUGGGGAGGCGAAACUGAAGAUGAUCUGCAGACGGGCCUGUAGUUAGUGCCCAGCUGAGAGCCGUGUUGUGCCAACGACUCUGUGUAUAUCAUUUCCCGUUUGGUUAUCCCAGGCACUUGAUGCUUGCGGUUUUUCUCUGUCCGGGUGUCUGAAAUGCGACUGCUAAGAUUGCUGGCUUGUGUUGGUAUCUCUAGGAGAAAUUGCUGGAUGUGUAUAUCUUGCAAUUUUGCGGAAAAGCCGUGUGUGCUUAUAGAUCUGUAGGUAUCUCUAGGAGAAAAAUGGCUUGCUCCUCUCUUGACUCAGAAGGUCCAAACUGCCUGUCUGGUGAUAUUGAAUGGCCUUAGCCUUUUUCGGUAGUUUGUGUAUUAUGUGUACCAUCUCUUCCCGCAAAAGCAAAUUUGAAUUUUGCAUGCGAAAUUGUAUGUAAGUGAUUUGCUAGUCCAGCGCUCAGAAAUGUAUUUUUAAGGUGCUUCCGCUGAUGGAUUAGCCAUGUGGGGAAUAGACCUCGACUCCUGAGACCUCCAGACCUUGCUUAGUGUGAAGUUGGAGUCUUGUGGAAAUAGGUUGAACCGCGGUUUUCAGUUUUCUUGAGCUCUUUUCGGCUUUACCUUGUGUGUCUUUGUGGGCUGUAUACUUCAGCACGUGGCAGCAGCUAAGAAAAGUGUCCCUGAUCUCUUCAGCACAUGGGCUGUAUUCUUCAGCACGUGGGCUGUAUACUUCAGCACGUGGGCUGUAUACUUUAGCAUGUAGAUUGAGUGCGAGGGAUUCUCUACUUGCCUGCGACUCUGAACCUUGAGACUUGUCCUCAAGGUGUCUGGAUUAGGCCUUUUUUUUUGGACAAGGUGUGGGAGUAGCGGCAACGUGGCACGUGGACAUAUCGUACCCGUUAUGAGAGUGACGGAUGGCUAUGAUUUGGAAUGUUGACGUCGCGAUUAUUGCAAUCCCAUUCGCGAUGGAGAAUUACAUACACUCGUCCCCUCUUCUGCCCUGCUGCAUACACGUUGACGUCAACCAUGCCAAGCUAAG